GAUAAGCCGGUGGAGUAGGCUGGCAGAAUGGCUCCGGUGCUCGUCGGAUAGAUGAAGGGACGUGGGGCUGAUCGCUAACUACGCCACACCAACUCUUUUACAUAUACCCGCCCCUCUUUCCACGAACUCGCCCAACUAACCAUUCAGUCGUGAUUCCAACUACAUACCCGCGAGCCUCCAACUCCAGCUUCACCAUCGCUCUUCACACCCCCGCAGAACCAUCACCACCCCAACACAACUCCGGCGAAUUCACCAUGACCACGAAACCCGCCCAGGCCAGCGUCCUCUACCCGCGCAAAGACGGCGCAACCUUCAACAUGGCCUACUACCUGUCGACACACAUGCCGCUCGUCGCGUCCUCGUGGGCCAAAUACGGCCUCAAGAGGUGGAGCGUCACGCAGCUCGGCCCGGACAGCCCGUACAGCGUGCUGGUGUGGGAGAGCCUGGAGGCGUUUGACAAGGCCGCCAAGGGCGCGGAGGCGGGCGAUGUGUUUGGCGAUAUCGAGAGGUUUAGCAGUGAGCAGCUGGUGCUGUGUGCGGGGGAGGUCGUGAGGAGCAGGUGAGUGGUGGUGGUGGAAGGAGUCGGAGAUAGGGCGGGCUUUAGGGCUCGGAGUGAGGGGUAGGUAGGGAGGAAUGAAUCUAGCCUAGCCCUUCAGCUUCCUUUCUUCAUGCAGCCUGCUGCACGC